AUGGCCUCUCUCAAACCUCCAUUCACCCUCGCGACAGCCAGGGAAAAGGUCAAAUUCGCCCAAAACAUGUGGAACAGCUGUAACCCCAAGCAAGUCUCCAACGGCUACACGGCCAACUGCGUCUGGCGCAACCGGGACCAAUUCUUCGUGGGCACCGAGAAGAUCGUCGAGUUCCUGACGAAGAAAUGGGAGAAGGAAGCCAGUUAUCGCCUGCGAAAGGAACUGUUUGCCUUCACCGACGACAAGAUCGCCGUCCAGUUCUGGUACGAGUAUCAAGACCGGCACGACGGGAUGAAGUGGAAGAGGACCUACGGCCUCGAGGACUGGACUUUUGACCGGGAGACGGGCAAGAUGAGGAAGCGCCAGAUGAGUGCCAACGACAUUCUUCUGGGCCGGGAUGGCGACGGCGUGGCCGUGCCCGACGAAGGGAUUCAAGGACGAUGGUAUGUUGACGGCGUUGAUGUUGAUGACGAGAGUGUGACGCAAAAGAUCACCGAGGCUCAUUGGUAA